ACACCGCCCCUCCCCUCAGUCAAGAUGGCGGCGCUGAGGGCGGCGGGGGCGGCGCUGCUGCGGCCCCGGCCCGGGCCGGCCCCGGCCGCGCUGGGCUACCACAAGAAGGUGGUGGAUCACUACGAGAACCCGCGCAACGUCGGCUCCCUUGACAGCAAGGCCAAGAACGUGGGCACCGGCCUGGUGGGCGCCCCGGCCUGCGGCGACGUCAUGAAGCUACAGGUGGAAGUGGAUGAGAACGGCAAGAUCGUGGACGCCCGCUUCAAAACCUUCGGCUGCGGCUCGGCCAUCGCCUCCAGCUCGCUGGCCACCGAGUGGGUCAAAGGGAAAACGGUUGAUGAAGCGCUGAAAAUCAAGAACACAGAUAUUGCCAAGGAACUCUGCCUUCCCCCUGUCAAACUGCACUGCUCCAUGCUGGCUGAAGACGCCAUCAAGGCUGCCUUGGCCGAUUACAAACUGAAGCAGGAUCCAAACAGAGAAUCCGACAAAAAAGCCGACAAUGCCUGAACCGCCUGCAGCUUCCCCUCCUCCCUCCUCACUCUGCAGUGCAAUUCCCGAGCUGUUGUAGGACCCUGUGCACUACUCAAGCUGUAAGAUACGCACAAGUUACGCACAACGUGUCCCUGUGGUGUCCAGCCACCCCGUAGUGCUCACGUGGAUGGGGGCUCCCGUCCCCUCGGGAAUGCCGCGGGAAGACUCCGCCCCGGAGACAAAACCCCGCUGUCCGGUACUGGAAGGGCUGCACUUUCAUUUUUAUUUUGGGAAGAUGUCUAGUUUUGCCUAAUAUUUUAUGGAAUUUAGUGGGAA